CGUCCUUAACAACCGAGCCUAGAAACCGAGCGAUACCCACUGAACUGUGGCUGAUCAUUUUAAAGAGUUUCAAUAAAUGCAACAUCAGAAAUAAUUAAAUCAUAUAUUUGUGCAGACACGUUUUUUUUUGUGCUAGGAAUUGAUAAUCCAUUUUUCUGUUUAUCAUGGGUCGGGACUAUUAUGCAAUUUUAGAAAUAACGAGGAGCGCAACCGACAAAGACAUAAAAAAAUCGUAUCGAAGACUUGCGUUGAAGUAUCACCCUUACACAAACAGCGAACUUGGUGCCCCUGAAAAAUUCAAUCAACUUGCAGAAGCUUACGAUGUAUUAAGUGACCCUCGGAAGAAGGCUACCUACGACAAGUUUGGAGAGGAGGGCCUGAAAGGCGGCAUCCCUCCAGAGUUUGGGGGCAGUGGAGCAUGGACCACAGGGUACACCUACCAUGGCAACGCGGAUAAGGUUUUUAGGGAAUUUUUCGGAGGAGACAAUCCAUUUUCUGAUUUCUACACAGAAGAUGGCGGGGAGGUGAACACGGGUUUCGGGGGCUUGAGAGGUCGCGGUGUGAAAAAGCAGGACCCUCCGAUCGAGAGAGACCUCUACCUCUCCCUGGAAGACCUGUUCUAUGGAUGCACAAAGAAGAUCAAAAUAUCCCGACGGGUUAUGAAUGAAGAUGGCCACACCUCAAGCAUCAAAGACAAGAUUUUAACCAUUGACGUCAAACCAGGCUGGAAGGAAGGGAUGACGAUUACAUUCACCAAAGAAGGAGACCAAGGACCUAACAACAUUCCCGCUGACAUUGUCUUUGUUGUGAAAGAGAAGAAACAUCCCCGGUUUUCCAGACACCAGGAUGACCUGAUCUAUACAUCACAUAUACACCUAGAGAAGGCUUUGAUUGGCUGUGCUGUGGAUGUGGAGACACUAGAUGGCAGGCUCAUCAACAUUCCUAUUAACGACAUUGUUCACCCGAAGUAUACAAAAGUGGUGCCAAGUGAAGGAAUGCCCUUAACCAAGAACCCCAGCCUGAGAGGCAAUCUCGUUAUUCAGUUUGAAAUUCAUUUUCCUGAAAAGCUCUCGCCUGAAAAGAAGGGGCUCAUAAAACAAGCCCUUACCAUUUGAAUAAUGUAUUCAUGGCUUCAUAUGUAUUUGCUUCCAUGAUUUCUACCAAUAACAUAUUUUCUAAUAUACCAUAGUGUUCUGUCAUAUUUACUGUACUCCUACACUACCACUGACAAAUUGCCAAAACAGUUUUACAUUUAUAUGUAAGAAUGAUCUUCAGUCACCUGUUUAUUAUUACUCUAUAUGUACUUUCCUAAAGUAUUACACUUUCAUUUGUAUUUACAAAAGCCUGCUUCCAGUUACAUUGUAUCAAUCAUAUGAAUUAGACCUGACUGUAGAUUAAGUAUAAAUGUGUGUAAUCUGCUAUGAUCGUGUUUUUGUCUUGGCAAUAUGUUUUCUUCCUACUUUUCAACUGUAUUUUAUUAGAUGUACUUUAUCCUGAUUAUGAAAUUAUGAUGUCAGCCUUUUCAUUACCAGUUUAUAACCUGUUCACAUAUUCAAAAUAACAUCUGUGAAAUUGAUUAAUACAUUUGUACUACUAGUAUUAAAAAGGGUGUGUAUUUUAA